GAGGAUUCUAAUCAUCAUCAUAAACUAUACACUUAAUAAAAAAUGGUGGAGGUCCAAGACUUGGAACCACUUAGUCCCAUUCAAGACGACGAAGAAGAUGAUUACCAAGACGAAGACGACGAACUCGACCGUCUCGGUGAACACAUAAGCUACGACGACCUCAAGAAACGUAUGUGGAAAGAUCGAAACCUCAUGUCCAAACUCAAACAGCAGAAAAAAGACAACCACGAACACUCUCCUCCCUCAUCUUCCACGUCACCCUCCUCCUCAUCAGCUAUCAUACGCCGAGCAGAAGCCUCACGCCGCAAGAAAAUGGCACGAUCUCAAGACUCUGUCCUAAAAUACAUGAUGAAGAUAAUGGAAGUCUGCAAAGCCAGAGGAUUCGUCUACGGAAUCGUACCGGAAAAAGGAAAACCGGUAACCGGUUCAUCCGACAGUUUAAGACGCUGGUGGAAAGAAAACGUUCAGUUCGACCAAACCGCACCAAACGCCGUUUCGGACUACUUAACGUUAGCAGCCGCUCAGCUAAUCUCAUCAACCGAGUCACUAGACCCGAACUCGUACAUCCACAUGCUCCACGAGCUACAAGACACGACGUUAGGGUCUUUACUAUCAGCUCUGAUGCAACACUGCGUGCCGCCGCAACGGCGUUUUCCUUUGGAGAAAGGUUUGGCUCCACCGUGGUGGCCGAAGGGGAAUGAGUUAUGGUGGGGAGAGCAAGGAGCGACUGCGUUUGAGCACGGUCCGCCUCCGUAUAGGAAACCGCACGAUCUUAGAAAAGCGUGGAAAGUUAGCGUUUUGGCCGCUGUGAUUAAACACAUGUCGCCUAACUUGGAGAGAGUGAGGAGGCUCGCGAGACAGUCUAAGUGUUUGCAAGAUAAGAUGAUGGCUAAGGAGACUGAUACUUGGUCUCGUGUGUUGAACCAAGAAGAAGCUCUCUUGAAACGUCUCAAGAUCUCUGACGAGGAGGAUCAAGAACCGGGUCAAGAACAGAACGGGAACAAGAGAAAAGGUGAGUUUGUGGAAGGGGAAGCAGCGAUGUUAUCUAACGUGUACACGUGUCAAAACGUGAGUUGUCCUUCGAGUGAUGUGAGUUUAGGAUUUGUUGACAAGAAUUUAAGGACAGGACAUGAGAUGGAGUGUCUUUACGGGAGUCAAGAACCGGUUUACCAAAGUAGUGUUAGCUCUGAUGGUUUUGUUCGGUCCGUGACAACUAGUGACGAUGAUUAUAGUGCGAGUUCUAAAGGGAAGGAUACUAUAGAUUAUCAGAAUCAAGAUGGUAAUUGGUUAGACUAUCUCUGGUACGAGAGGUUACAUGAAUUUAAUUUUUCUGAUCAAGCAACCACGGUGGAUUUAAACCAAUUACCAGAUCAUUCUGAUUCGAAUCCGACCAUAGCUGAGGAAGAUUUUUCGUUAUGGGACAUGGGUUGUGAAGACAGAGAUGUUUACAUGUCUCAAGAUUGA